AAGUUUGUCUCUUGCACAGGAAACCAUAUCACAAACCCUAUUCAACAUGUUCAACUUGUUCACUUUCCUCGCCGUUUUGGCCGUCGCCUUCGCAGUUCCAGCUCCAGUUCCAGCUCCGGUUCCAGCUCCAGGUCCAGCUCCGGGAUUUUACAGCCCCAUUUUACCAUACGCACUGCCGGCUGCUGCUGCUCCUGUGCCUCUUGCGAGCAGCUCUCAAUCUAUUGUUCGCAAUUACAAUAAUCUUGGAAUUGCUUACGCACCUCUUGCAUAUCAUCAACCAGCAUAUUUAUUGUAGAAGAAAAAAAAUUCACGACAACUUCGGCUGCAACAAUUUAUUUGACGAUCUUCGACGUUUCAUCAAAUUCAACAAAAAGGAAUGAAAAUUACUUCUAUUAUCAUGUGAUUUUUUUCUAAUAAAAUUUUCAAUUCAUCAGAUUUAA